CAGGAACAAAGUCAGUGUGUGUAGUGAAAGGUGUACAGGGCAGCCUGGUUGGCACAGAGGAGCAGGAGACUAGCCUGGGAGGGCACAGAGGCCCUGCAACCAGAGGACCGGGCCUGGAUUCCUGGUGGGCUCAUCUGCCAUGGCCCAGGCCAGCCACGAGGACUGCCUCCAGGAACCCUGGGAAGCCAGGCCAUGGAGUCUCUUUCUAACCACAUAAAAGCAGCUUAGCCAGGGUUCUGGAUGUAGCCCAUCUGAUUCUGGUACAGUCGUGAAAUCUCUCACAGAUGAUGCUGUCAAUCAAAGGUUUCCCCUCUGCAGCCCCGCAAUCUGGUCCCCUCACUCCCACGCCCUGGGAAAGGGCAAUCUUGAGGCUGUGACAAACUUCCCAAGAUCUUUCUAGGGAUAAUUCAGUCAGCCUAAUUAUCCCACAUUAAUUAGAUAAGACUCAAAUUACAGGAGCAAGGUUUGCAAGCCUAGCACUGUGGGAGGUUUAAGUUAUUUGCCCAGUGUGUCUCUGAUUUUGCUGGGAAAAAAUGAUUUGCUCCAGGCAAAAUAAACCCACAAAUUAGGGCAGUGGCUCCCUUCUGAGCCCUAUAAAGGAGGCAUCUAAUACUGCAGGCUGAUAAGCUGCAUCUCAGCUAAGGGUUGGCAUCUCAUUCCAGCUCGCUGGCCUCCCCAGCAUGAGCCGCCAAUUCACCUACAAGUCGGGAGCUGCUGCCAAGGGGGGUUUCAGUGGAUGCUCAGUUGUCCUCUCUGGGAGCAGCUCACCUUCCUACAGGGCAGGGAGCAAAGGGCUCAGUGGGGGCUUUGGAAGCCGGAGCCUGUAUAGCCUGGGGUGUGCCCGGAGCGUCUCUUUCAACAUGGCCGGUGGCAAUGGGCGGCCAGGGGGCUAUGGGUUUAGCCGAGGCCGAGCCAGUGGCUUUGCCGGCAGCAUGUUUGGCAGUGUGGUCCUGGGGCCCAUGUGCCCAUUCCUGUGCCCACCUGGGGGCAUCCACCAGGUCAUCGUCAACAAGAGCCUCCUGACUCCCCUCAAUGUGGAGCUGGACCCCGAGAUCCAGAAAGUGCGUGCCCAGGAGCGGGAGCAGAUCAAGGCACUGAACAACAAGUUCGCCUCCUUCAUCGACAAGGUGAGGUUCCUGGAGCAGCAGAACCAGGUGCUGGGGACCAAGUGGGAGCUGCUGCAGCAACAGGACCUGAACAACUGUAAGAACAACCUGGAGCCCAUCCUCGAGGGCUACAUCAGCAACCUGAGGAAGCAGCUGGAGACGCUGUCCGGGGACCGGGUGAGGCUGGACUCGGAGCUGAGGAGCAUGCGUGAUGUGGUGGAGGACUACAAGAAGAGGUAUGAGGAGGAAAUAAACAAGCGCACAACUGCUGAGAAUGAAUUUGUGGUGCUUAAGAAGGACGUGGACGCGGCAUACAUGAGCAAGGUGGAGCUGCAGGCCAAGGUGGAUGCCCUGGAGAGAGAAAUAAAGUUCUUUACAUGCAUGUACGAGGGGGAGAUUGCUCAGAUGCAGUCCCACAUCAGUGAUACAUCUGUCAUCCUGUCCAUGGACAACAACCGGAACCUGGACCUGGACAGCAUCAUUGCUGAGGUCCGGGCCCAGUACGAGGACAUUGCUCUCAAGAGCAAGGCGGAGGCCGAGGCACUGUACCAGACCAAGUUCCAGGAGCUGCAGCUGGCGGCCGGUCGGCAUGGGGAUGACCUCAAACACACCAAGAAUGAGAUCUCAGAGCUGACCCGGCUCAUCCAAAGGCUGCGCUCAGAGAUUGAGAAUGUGAAGAAGCAGUGCUCCAACCUGGAGACGGCCAUCACUGACGCUGAGCAGCGAGGUCAUUGUGCCCUGAAAGAUGCUCAGGCCAAGCUGGAUGAGCUGGAGGCCGCCCUGCUCCAGGCCAAGGAGGAGCUGGCCCGGAUGAUGCGUGAGUACCAGGAGCUGAUGAGCACCAAGCUGGCUCUGGACAUCGAGAUCGCCACCUACCGCAAGCUGCUGGAGGGCGAGGAGUGUAGGAUGUCUGGAGAAUACACCAAUUCUGUGAGCAUAUCCGUCAUCAGCAGCUCCAUGGCCGGGACUGCAGGCACAGGAGCCGGCUUUGGGUACAGCGGCACCGGCACCUAUGGCUAUCGGCCCAGCUUUGUCGGCGGGGGCUAUUGCUUCCUGCCGGGGGGCUGUGUCACUGGCAGUGGGAACUGCAGCCCCCGCGGGGAGGCCAAAACCAGGUUAGGGAGUACAAGUGAAAUCAAGGACCUGCCGGGAAAGACCCUAGCUCUGAGCUCACCCACCAAGAAGACCCCAAGAUAAAGUGAAAGACAGCUGUCCAGACAGCUUGCUUUGGUUUCUCCUGGACUCCCUUCUUCAGGAAAUUCCUCCAUCACACCUGUCAUCAUCUCCUUGCUUUUCUGCUCCACUGUUGUCUCCUCUCUUGCAACUCUCUACCUUAGUCUUCCUUAAUGAGGAGUCAGGAUGCUAGCCCAUCCUUCUGCCUCCAUACUAAGAGGCUUCUUAAUACAGCCUCCCCUUCCUGCAGAAUUGCCAGGGAUAAAGACUAGACCCUUUCCUGGCUCUAAGCCCCUCACAGAUGAAGCUUUUGUUUCAAGGGCAAUUCCAGUCCUCCUGCUUCCCUUUCUGUGCCCUGGUUUAGGUAGUUAUUUGGCCACGUGCUCCAUGGGUACAGACAAUUACAGGUCCACUGACAGACCUGCAAGGACUAUCUCUUCUUAGAUCAGCAUCAGCUCUGGGGAAAUCCUUGGUCAUUAGUUUACCUCGCAUGGCCCCUGCAGACUACAGCCAGGAGAACCCCUGCUGACUGGCCCGUCGGUGAAGGGAUUUGUGCUCUCAGCAUGUGUGUUCUUGUCCUCGUUCAGGCCUUUCUUCCCUGCUUCCUCAUCUUACCAAUAAAUUUAUACAACU